AUGGUGUUAUCAAUUUCACCUCCAAUCACGGAUGCGUCGUACAUUCUCGAUAAUGCGUGUGGCCCAGGAAUCGUAAGCGAGAAGAUCAAGGUCCGACACCCGAAUGCUAGGAUCAUGGCAGCAGACUUGUCCCCAGCUAUGAUUGAAGAGGUUACGCAUCGUAUAACAACCGAAGGCUGGAAGGAUAUGGAAACGGAUAUGUUGGAUGCACGAAAUCUCUCGAGUCUGACAGACAACACCUUUACUCACGUCUUCACUAAUUUCGGACUUCCUGUUCCAGGUGACACUGGCUCGAGCAACAAAGUGAUAAGCGAAAUAUUCCGUGUGCUGAAACCAGGAGGUGUUGGAUCAGUUUCAACAUGGGCAGAUCGUGUUUGGCUGACAGCAUUCUACAACACCGCAUUGUGGGUUCGACCCAACGAAAAGCCCCAGACCCUUAUGGCUCUUGAGCCAGACGUACUUCGAGGCUCAUGGCUUGCUACAAAGCUAGAAGAUGGCGGCUUUGGAAACAAUAUCGAGGUCAAGCUCUGUGCAACAUACACUAUGGCAUCAAGCCUAGACGAGCUUGCUGACAAUAUGAUGCUUGCGAAACAGAUGUUCUUCUCAGACUACAGCGAGAAAGAGCUAUCUUUAGCGAGUACUGUUUUCCGAGAAGAGCUGCAAAAACUUAGAACGUUUGAGGUCUUUGAUAGUGGGGUGAGGAUUCGGAUGAAGGCUUGGGUCGGUAAAGGUUGGAAAAGAGGAGAUGAAGCCGAGAUUACUAUCUGA